ACUGGGGCUCGUGCUGUCUAGGUGCCUGGACCCGCUCUGCCCCAGUGGGUUCUCUGGGAUCUGAGCGGGUGAGCUGGUCUGGGAUGGUGAAGAACACAUACAUGCGCUGGCGGCUGCCGCUCGUCUGCCUCCUCUGGGAGGUUGCUAUGAUCGUCCUCUUUGGGGUCUUUGUGCGCUUUGACCCCGAAGCUGAUGCACACUGGAAGGAGGAGCAGCUCCAGAAGAACCUCACCAGUGACAUAGAGAACGAUUUCUACUUCAGGUAUCCAUCUUUCCAGGAUGUCCACGUGAUGAUCUUCGUGGGUUUUGGCUUCCUGAUGACAUUCCUCCAGCGCUAUGGCUUUGGAGCUGUUGGCUUCAACUUCCUCCUUGCCGCCUUUGGGAUCCAGUGGGCUCUCCUGAUGCAGGGCUGGUUCCAUUCUUUUGAGAACGGAAAGAUACUCAUUGGAGUGGAAAACCUGAUCAAUGCAGAUUUCUGCGUGGGUUCUGUCUGCAUCGCCUUUGGGGCCAUCCUGGGCAAAACCAGCCCCGUGCAGCUGCUCAUCCUGACGUUGUUUCAAGUCACGCUCUUUGCUGUGAACGAGUACAUCCUCGUCAGCCUGCUCCACGUUAAAGAUGCUGGUGGAUCCAUGACCAUUCAUACCUUUGGAGCCUAUUUUGGCCUGACAGUGACCAGAAUUCUGUACCGGCCCAACCUGGAACAGAGUAAAGACAAGCAAGGCUCUGUGUACCACUCCGACCUCUUUGCUAUGAUCGGUACCCUGUACCUGUGGAUGUACUGGCCCAGCUUUAACUCAGCUGUUUCAAACCACGGGGAUGCGCAGCACCGAGCCGCCAUUAACACCUACUGCUCACUGGCCUCCUGUGUCCUCACCACCGUGGCCUUCUCCAGCCUGCUGCAGAAGAAAGGCAAGCUCGACAUGGUUCAUAUCCAGAAUGCAACGCUGGCCGGUGGUGUGGCUGUGGGGACCGGCGCGGAGAUGAUGCUGACUCCAUACGGAUCCCUCAUCGUUGGAUUCCUUUGUGGCAUUGUGUCCACCGUUGGGUUCGUCUACCUCAUGCCAUUCCUGGAGUCCAAGCUGCACAUCCAGGACACCUGCGGCAUCCACAACCUACAUGCCAUGCCAGGGUUUAUUGGGGGCAUCGUGGGGGCUGUCACCGCAGCCGCAGCCACUGAAGAGGUGUAUGGAAAGGAAGGGCUCAUCAGUGCCUUUGACUUCACGGGUGACUACAAGGAUCGGACGCCCAGUGUCCAAGGGGGGUUCCAGGCAGCUGGCAUUUUCGUGUCCCUGGCCAUGGCCUUGGCUGGAGGGGCCAUUGUGGGUGCUAUUUUGAAAAUGCCGUUCUUGGGGGACCCUGCAGAUGAGAACUGCUUUGAGGAUGAUGUCUACUGGGAGGUGCCUGAGGAUGAGGAGAGCGGCCUGUACCACGUGCAUGACCCCACCCUCAAACCUGUGACUUCCUAACCCACCUGGGUGGCAUUCGGACUCCUCCUCAGUCUCUAGCUCCCCAGAGAACUAUCGGUGUAUUUCUAGAAAAGGAGGUGCCCUGCGCCAAUCCCUAACUGGACACAGACUCUUUGAGAGCUUCCAAAGGCCCCAUUUCCUUUCCCACAUUCCCCUCCGUGGUGGGAUAGCCUGGAAGAGGCCCUGUUUACACUAAGCAACACACUGGAGAACAGCCAGUGAAGCCAUAUGUCUGUGCACAGGGCCAGAGGUUUGAAACGGACACUGGGGCAUCUCCCUUAGCACUGCCACGGGGCAGCAGCAGCGGGAAAGGGCUUAGCACCUAUGGGGAGUUGUUUUACUAGGUGCUUGUUGGGUGGGAUCUCCCAGGUUUCAAGUUCCCAGAUUUUACACUGGAACAAUUCAGCUGGCACUGUGCCCGGGCCCAGAGUUAACUGGGCCCCACGACACCUUGGAUGCUGGGGAUUGUGGAGGGUGAAGUGACAAUAAUAAUGGAUCCAAUUCGAGGGUAAGAGAAGCCUGUCCUUGCAGCUGGGGGGCGCUGUUACACUUAGAGGAGAUAAUCAUACCUGGCACAUAUCCAGUGCUUUGCAAUCGUUAAUAAUUAACCCUCCCAACACCCCUGUGAAGUGGGUAAGCAUCAUUGCCCCCAUUUGGCAGAUGGGGACCAAGGGGCACAAGGAAAGAAAGUGACUUGCACCAGUGAUUAGAACCCAGGAGUCUGGGUGCCUACCCCCUUUCUCAGUUCCUUUGCGACGCUGACUCAAAACAAGUGUUUGCUUUCUUGGCCUGACCACCAGGUCCCUGACUCCUGGAGUUCGGCUGCCCUUCUCUCUCCCGCCUCUUUGUCAUUAGCUUUUGCUCCUUGGAUGUGUGAAUAAAAAGCUCCGUGUUAUUCUUUCCAGCGCUGUGCCCCGUUGGGUAAUGAGCAGUGAGAGUCAGGUGGGACUCUGUCCAUUGUCCCAUUUCCCCCAGUAGCAAUACAAAGGGAGCCAUUGUGGGAGGGUGCUGGGAUAGAGACAGAUUCACUUGCCACGUGAUUGGUUCAUGGGAAUCUUUCAGCCCUCAAUGGAAGGUUUGGGGUGGGGGAGGAGGGCAGGUUGAUCCCUGUUUUUGUUGCACAGAGUCCCAUGCUACCAGCCUCCUUGAGCAGGCCAACAGCCCCCUCCUGCCACUACCGUGGGGCGGGGAACGGGAAUACUGGUGAAAACAAAGGAGAGCGCAUCUAAAAUCUAAGGACAUGGGGAGAGGGGAACCAGUUGGCCUAUGGCCCAGCACCAUGUUCCUGAAAUACAUUGCAAUCCAUCUUUUCCAGGCGCUGAGCCCCGCUCCUUCAACUCCCACUGGAGUCAGGGGAGCUGGGACGCUCCACACCUCAGGAAUUGGGCCCACAUGAUCUGCUUUCAGAUUGACUUCAGACAUGUGUGUUUUGAACACCAGGGGCUGACAAUGCUAUUGUGCCUGGGACAUAUCAGGGCCCAGCUGCUUAGAACCGAGCACUUACAUGGGCUCAGAUUCCCCAGAGAGCUCAGCUCCCAUUUAGGCACCAAAAUAAAUUUUCCAAAUUGCUCAGCGUGCGGGGUGCUGGGCCCUUUUGGAAAUCUGGCCCUGAUGGCAAAUGCUGAGCACUUGAAAAUCAGGCCUGUACGCCGUAGGCACAACCAUCCCAACUGUGCUCACAUUCUCAGCCAGUGCCCAUAUCAGUGACUGGUUUGAGGUCUGGCUGGGCAUUUGGGUGUGCACAGCUAUACUCACUGCAUGUGAAAUCACAAUAACCAUGCACACAGAUAUCGCACCUGCAUGGUUCCGAUGAUCUGGGCCUAGGACUGCCUUGUGGAUCAUUGGUGUCCUGCCUCUGCUUCUCCAAACUGCCAGUGUUUGGGUCCAAAUGGUGUUGUACUGGCUGCUUGGUGGAAAUAUUUUUGCUGCACAUUGAUCCCUUGCGAAAAUGGGUCACUUUGCUCUUCCAGUCUGAGCAGAACUGCUGCCUCUGUUGUCCCGACUCCCAUAUUCUCCAGGCUACAGUGGCUGGGCCUCCAUCACUCUUCUGGGGAAGCUGUUUCACUGACUAUUAGGAACUUUUCCCUCUUUGUUGGUUUCAGCCAUUCCUCCUUGCCUACUCCCUCUCCUGGGACAGAUCAUUCCCUUCUAUCUAGAUGGUUAUGCUGGAGGGUCCUGAUCCGUCAGAGUCCAAGAUACAGAAUGUGGAUCCCUUUCCCAUAUUAAUAAUACCUAGCUCUUGUAUAUUGCUUUUCAUUGGUAGAGCUGAAAGUGCUUUACAAAGGAGGGCAAUAUCAUUAGCCCCAUUUUACAGAUGGGGAAACCAAGGCACAGAGUGGGGAAGUGAUUUGCCCAAGGUCACUCAGCAGAGUCAGGAAUAGACCCCCAAGUCUCCUGAGUUUCAGUCCAGUGCUCUAGCCACUCGACCUUCUCCCAUCCAUCAAGCACAUAAGGGAAAAACUGGCAAUAAGAGAGGAAUUUGGAGGCAGGGGAGAAAACCCGUUCUGGAGCCAGUGUAUUUCUCAGGGUGAUGUAUGAGGAACGGA